GCCCGCUGCUCCCAGUCGAGGCCCACAGCCGCGACCGCCGGCUGUCCGCACACACGUGCCGGCGCGGGAAGCACGCUGCGGGCGAGCAGGUUUCCGGCAGAGAUGCAGCUUAAAACCGUUGCGGCAUGGUUGCUCGUCACGACUGCAGUGGUUUUAGUGGUGGCCGCAGGGGAGAGACACGGUCCAGCCACCAUGAGCAAGAGCCUCCUCAGCCGCGUCUUGGACCACCUCUCCGGAAGAACUAUCCUGGACGGGCUGGCGCGCAAGCUGACCAACCUGACAGACCGCCCGAUAGACAUCUCCCGGCUGGCGGAUGGCUACAGGCAGCGCAUGCACAAGCCGCAGCGGCUGCUCGGCCUGCCCGCGCUCGAUCCGCUCCGGAUGCACAGCAUGCCGCUCAACUUCGACAGCGACAUGGCCAAGGUGAGAGGUGAGGCCUGGAACGUGACGGUGGUCGGCAUCUCGGACAUGCGCGCUCGCCAGCUGCGGCUGCGGCCCCUGUCCUCCAGGGUGGACUUCGAGCUGCUCUUCCCGUCGGUCUCGGCCACCGGCAACUACCGCAUGAAUGGCACCUUCGCCAACUCGAUCCACGCCUUCGGCGAAGGGCCCUUCAACAUAACUGUUAAAGACCUGAAUGCCACGGGUUUCGUGAUCGUCACACCAGAAGGAGACCAUCUCAAGGUGAAGGAUGUCUUCGUCGAAGUGAAUCUUACCAGCCUACAGAUGGACCUUGAGGGGCUGUUGGGCGGCGGUGAGACGGGCCGGCUGCUGAGCGCCGCCAUCGGCGACGCGGCGCCGCGGCUGCUGCAGGAGCAGCGAGAAGACGCGACGCGCUACGUUUCGGCCUUCGUGCGCGACGCUCUGGACCGCCAGCUGACGUCGGUGCACGCCGCCGCCUGGACGCGCGCCUACCGCUCGCUCGUCUGCGCAGCCACCGUGGGACUCGUCUGCCGCGCGCCCACCUAACGCACAUGCGCCGAAUCCCGUGUAGCGUCACAACGUAGUGCGCAUGUGCAACACUUUGAGCGAUCUUCGCCAAUAAAGGCGACUGCCACCUACAGCAACGUGUCUUUCGUUAUUUUCGUACUCAGGACGGCGGCUGUGGAGGAACAUUUAUGUGACACCGUCGGUAAUCAUUCGUUCUAUCCUACUCGGUAAUGUUAGCUAAUGGCUACGGCGGAAAAAGUAAUGAUUAGUACGUACUUUAUGUUCAUUGCACAUACAUUUGGUCUAGUUACAGUACUACGUAUUGAAUUUACCUCGAUUAUUAUGAGAAGGGGAUGUAAGGUACUGGAGGAAGCAAGAUCCGCCGAGCACAUUAACCACACCUUCCUCAUACAGUGCUAAUACCUUUACUUUUGUACUUCAUGCUGAGCGCCUAUAAAAGCAGAAGCGCCGGCCGGAGUGGCUGAGCGGUUCUAGGCGCUACAGUCUGGAACCGCGCGACCGCUACAGUCGCAGGUUUGAAUCCUGCCUCGGACAUGGAUGUGCGUCAUGUCCUUAGGUUAAUUAGGUUUAAGUAGUUCUAAGUUCUAGGGGACUGCUGACCUCAGAAGUUGAGUCCCAUAGUGCUCAGAACCAUUUGAAAGCAGAAGCGACAUGCGCUUCAGUAAUCUUUGUAGCCCUUCUUCUGAGAGAGACUCUAGUACAGGGAUCACCAAACUAUUUUGGACAAGUGACCCCUUUUCCAAAAUGAACUGUUACCUCAGACCCCCAUGGCCAAAUUACCUACUUUUAAGAUCAACCCUCUCAUUCAUAAUGGUCCGCUAACUUAAAACAGCUGCUACAGAGUGUUAUUUUUCAUUCUGACUUAGGUCAAUAGAAGAAGACAAAGUGAGAAUUAGCAAUGCUUUAAGUUUGCAGACUAUUGCGAAUAAGGGGGCCUAUCUUUAGUUUUUUCCUAUUGAUACAAAAUACCUAGGUACUAAGGUACCAAUUGGAAAACUUUGCACUUGGUUAAGUGAGUAAAGUUGACUUCAUUUUCUCAUCAAAAUUUAACAAAAUAAAAAGGCAUACAAUUCAGUAAA